AUAGCGUGACGUAACACAUCGGAUUGAAUGAACCGGAACUACUAAAUAUUCACUUGUGUUUCCAUGGCCCCCAACCAAGAGAAAACCAAAAGAAAAAAAACAAAAGCGCCACCAAUCAUAUCUAUUUACACAUAUUAUUCCAAGGCUGAAAUGAGUGUAGUACAUUCGCACUUGUAAAGCGAGGCUCCUCCUCCUUACUCUAAUUGCACCCCAGCGAGACCGAUGGUUAACGCCGCUACAUCCUCCGGAAUUUCAUUUCUGUUCAUCCAAAAACAAGAUGGCAGACCUUCCCUUGGAUGAGAUGAUGCGCCGGCGAUUUUUUAGAAAUAACAUUCGUGGGACAAACAACAGACCUCUCGUAGGUCGGGGUGCAGGAGUUUUUGGGGGAACUUUUGACGCCCGACUAAAGAUCGGAAAUACCGAUGUCAGGCAGAGACUUGGAUCAGGAACAGUAUUCCAGGUGAAAGAUGCUAGAGAAAAACUUAGUCAAAAAGACCCCCGCUUUCAAGUUAAGGGCAGUAGUGCGGGAAAGACCAUGCCAGACGCCAGACAGACAAUAAACUCUCGCAAAAAACAGCACGGAUUGAAACGGCUGCACAGCACAAGGACAGAUGACCCACCAGAAGUAAACCAACAGGUUCACAAUAACAGGAGUAAUGUGAACAAAGCCUUUCUUAAUGUGAGCCCCUCCCCUCAAGGAUUAAAUGUUAAAGUGGGCGUGGCAUUGCAACAGGGGGGUGGGCCUAAGAAGGAGGUGGACGCUCGUGAUAGGCUCCGGCUCAAGAGAAGCCCCGCAUCACUGUCAUCUUUCAAGAUCACGAAGACCAUCCAGCAGAAGCCUGCUGUGGGACUGACCAGUGGGAUCCGUGUUGGUGUAGCCAGUAGAAAUACUCGAGUGGAUGAAAUGGAGCCAGGAAGUGAUGUGGAGGAGUCUGUCUUGGGUGAGGAAGAUGUCACCCCAGGCAAACGGAUGAAGAUCGUGACGUCCAGCAACGCACUGCACGAGCAAAUGCUCUCCCUGCAGGCCGAUUCCAUCAGCCGCCCCUUUUCUCUCUCAACCCCAAUUACCAAAGUCGUCCAGAAUGACAGCUACACGGCCAGUCCCCCUGUGCAAAUCCCACCCAGCGCCAGCCCACCGGCUCCUGUCCUGCAGCCUGUGUCCCGGACCCUGAUCACUGGGCAGGUCCAGCAGGGCACCAGUGAGGAUGCUGGAACUCUUACUGGAACGCAGCCAGCUUUCAGUCCUCUGGAAGGGACGAAGAUGACGGUGAACAAUCUUCAUCCACGUGUCACAGAGGAAGACAUUGUUGAGCUGUUCUGCGUGUGCGGAGCCUUGAAACGCACACGACUUCUGCAGGCGGGAGUAGUGGAGGUGGUGUUUGUCAGGAAGGAGGAUGCCAUCGCGGCCUACAGGAAGUACAAUAACCGUUGCCUGGAUGGCCAACCCAUGAAGUGCAACCUUCACAUCCAGGGAAACGUCAUCACGUCAGAUCAGCCCAUUCUUCUGAGGCUUGGUGACACCCCGGGUGUCAGUGACGCAAAGACAGAGGGGCUGCCCACCUCCCUGUCCCGCCCGGGGGGGCGGUCGGCUUCGUCUCAGCCCCCGGUGGAAGUGAAUCCCCAGACCAUCCUGAAAGCCUUGUUCAAGUCGUCUUUUCCGCCCUCCGCGUCCUCAGACUCUGCCAGCUCGCAGGCGACAGCCUUUUGCAUUAAGAUCUAGCAACACGCAUGCACUGCUGUUUGUCAGUUCUGUCAGUAUCCUAAGGAGUUAGAUAUACAUGCCAUGACGUUUUCUCGAUUUAAUUUGGCCAGAAACUGUUCAUGCUACGAUAUUCAGCCACUACAUAGAAGACAAAGCCACAAACCUUCUCCUACCCUGUCCACAUGCAUCUACCCACAGGAAUUUUUGGAUGAUGACCUCCAUAGUGUCUUAACUGACCAUACAUUUACAUUUACCAGGAAGAAAUGUCUGAUAUGGACAGACAGGAUUUUUAAUAGUUGACUGAUAUUAAUGUUGAUAUUAAGUGAUAAUUUGACCUUUAAAAUAUUUUUGAUUCCGAUAGUAAGGCUAAGAACCUCAUUUGUUGUUUGCAUUCCAAGGGAGACAAUGGCUUAUGUUAUGUAUUUGCAGGUUGUUCACAUUGAACACUACUUUUCUGUUGUUUCCCCUCAAAAUCUAAUAAAACUGUACAUUGUCUCUUCCACAUUUUCUUAAAUAACAUUCAAACGAAACUCCGUAUGUGUUUGUGUCCUUUUUCUUCUUUUUUUGGCCUGUAUCUUUGUUAUUUUGGUCAUCUGUGUCCCUGCAACCUGGGAACAGUGUCUAUGGGAAGACUUAAGUACGGUUGAUGUUCAUAAUCUACACCAAUGCAGUUAGUUAUUUUUGUGGCAUUUCUUGAAUACAUUUGUUGCUUACUAAAUUUCUGCUACGUGAAAAAUGAAAUAUUUUGUUGAGCAGUAUAUGCCUAUGGAAACCAAUAAACUGAUACACCCCAGCA